CUGGGACUAUGUUUCCAAAUGGAUACAUCCGGCCGGAAAGGGAUAUACAAAAGCUGUUGAAUAUGGCUAUGAGAAAGAAAAUAUAUUUGUACUAUCGUUAGGUACAGGUGAUUAUAUACAAAAGCCAUCACCUGUCAAUGCUCACUGGGACCUUAUACAUUAUAUGACACAUCAUGAUGCCAUAGUAAAAGUUCUUCUUGAUAGUCAACAACAUAAUGUAGAUUAUCAUAUGAGUACUUUGAUGAAUGAUAAUCAUUAUUAUCGUUGGCAAGCAUGGUUUGAAGAAUCAAUUAAAUUAGAUAGCUGUGAACCAGAUAUAUUGGAAAACUUGGAAAAUAUAGCAUAUGAAUAUUGGGAAGAAAUGGAAUUAUAUGAUAAUAAUAGAUUAAACAGAUUGAUUGAACGUUUACGAUAUGAAUAA